AUGGAACCUAUUGCUAGCACAUCUACGGAAGAAAUUCGUAUCAUUGAGCAAAAUCAAGAUUUAACAUCCACAGUUCAGAACUCUAAAGAAACCAUAACUGGAAUAUUUAAAUGUUCUUAUUGUUCAUUAGAAGAACGAUUUGAUUUCAAAGGCAUUAAAGCACCAUUUGCACGACAAUUAACAUAUUUAGAAGAAUGUUAUAUCAUGAAAGAUCCUUUUAGUUUACCAAACAAAGGAGAAGUUUUAGUAUUAGGUGCCGAUUGUAAUUUUUGUAAGAAAUCUGUAUGUCUAGGAUGCAAUAAUGCUAUUGUAACUUAUCAUUGUUAUAAGUUACAAUGA